AUGAUACAAGCUACAAUUAAUUCUAUUCAAAAGGAGUAUAUUCUAAUAGAUCAAAAUCAAAGAUUUGGACAAAAUGUUCAAAUGUUUAUAGACGAAACUAAUCCAUUUAAAAAUUCUUUAAUAACAUAUUUGAACAAUAAUCUUUCUUUUAUUGAACAAGAUUAUGAUGAAUUUAUAAUGGAUGCGCAUGAUUAUUCAACAAAUGUUAUUAAUGAACUUCAGUAUAGAUUUCCUAACCGGCAAUUAUUUGCUUCUAUGAAAAUAUUAAAUCCUCGUGAAUGGCCAAAUGAUUCUCAAAAAUUAUUAUUGUUUGGAGAUAAUGAUCUAGAAAUUUUAUUAAAGUAUUUUGAGCAACCAAAUUUUCACAAUAAUAUUCAAUUUUCCGCACUUUUUGAUAUUAAAAAAUGUAGGGAAGAGUGGGCAGGGUUCAAGAUGAUAACUAUCAAUAAUUUUUCUUCUAAUAAUAUUGAGGUAUUACUUCCUUUAUUAAUUCAAAAUUAUAAUGAUAUAUUUCCAAAUAUCAUUAAAUUAAUUCAAAUAGUUUAUUGUAUCCCCUUUUCAAGUGUGGAAUGUGAGCGUGGUUUUAGCAGACAAAAUAAAAUUAAAACAAAGGAUAGAAAUUUAUUAACUACAAACACCUUAGAUAUGCUGAUGCGCGUUUCUUUGGAAGGUCUGGAAAGCAAGAAUUUUAAUUAUACACGCGCGUAUACAAUUUGGAGUAAUCAAAAAAGGUGCACAGGCAUUAAAUGA